AUGAGCCCAGUGCAAAUGAAGGUGUUGCCUCAAGCAGUCCUCCAAAGCCCAGGGGAACAUCCCAAGUUCAUGGAGCAGCCUCUUUGCCCCCCAUUAGAGUCUGCAAGGAUUCAUUUGAUCAAAGACAAAGAUGCCAUCGAUGAUUAUUUGGCGAAGAAUAUCAAAGGGGUGUCAACACAAGAAGCCGCAGCUUACAGGAAUUCAUACAAGAAGAACAUCUGCAUAGACAUGCUGCGCCGGGGUUAUCACAAGUCCUUCUCUGAGCUCCUCACUCUGAUCCAGAAGUGGAAUGCCUUCAGGGAGGCUGCAGGGCCUGGGUCAGCCAUAUGGCAUGAGAAGUCCCUGGAGGAGCAGCCUGAUAAGCUGGAUCAGCUUUCCCACUUCCUGACCGGGGCUGAGGCAGCCCGGCGAGCAGGGCACUAUGAGAAGGUGUAUGAUAACCAGCUUAGCUUGGCCUGCUGUUUCAAUGACCCUGAGGACAAAUGGUUGAGUAACUACUUCUAUGAGCAAAGCUAUCACACAGCCCAAUUAGUAGAAAUUGAUGGUGGGAAGAGAAAGGCACAAGGAUAUCUAAACAUGGGCCUCCUUGAAGAGGAAGAAGGUCAUGUCACAAAAGCUGCUAAGCAUUUUGAAACCUUUUAUGUGCUAACAGAGGGCACAUCCUGGAAGGAUGAGACAGGCCACACUUACACUUCACUGGCAUGUCAGCAUCUCUGGAGAAUUUAUACAUUGCUAGCAGACAAAAUGCUGGAAAAUAAACAACACCAAGAGGCCAUCAAAAUGCUAAUAAAAGCUUUAAAGAUGGCCAAAGAAGGAGGUGAUACAAAGAUGCAUGGAGAAGCAGCCUAUUGCUUAAGUCUGGCAUAUCAUUUUUGUGGAGAAAAUGAGACAGCAUUAGCAGUUUUGAACACCUCUGUAGAAAUCUUCACAAGCCUUUGUGAUUCUGCUGGCCUGGGCAGAGCAUAUGCAGCUGUAGCCAAGAUCCUGGCAAGUCAGGGAAAAUCAAGUGAGGCUGUGAAGUACUUGGGAGAGUUUAUGAAGGAUGCUGAGAGUGCUAAUCUAGGCCAAAGCCUGGUGGAUGCAAAUCUCCUACUUGGAAAAGUUCACAAUGAAAGAGGGAACUAUAACGAAGCUCUGGAACAUUUCAGUCAGGCCUCUGAGGCAGCGAAAGCUUUGAACAAUUUGCCCUUGGUGGCUGAAACAGAGAGUUACUGUGGCAUUGCCAAGGCUCAUCAGCUGAUGGUGCCGUUCAACAGCCACGUAGCAGCCGCAGCCGAUCCCCUCAGCCUGCAGUGCCUGCUGGCAUGGAAGCAAAACAGAAGUGACAUGUGCACUGACCCUCUUCCAGGCGAACAUGGUAAAGAAACAAGUGCCUCAAAGCAUCUGUGAGCCUCUGUCCAGGACAUCAGUUCAAGACCUUCCUGAGGAUGCCUGCUUAUCAACAGAGAAGCUGAUGUAUAAUGAGUACAAGAUCCUUGAAGAGUAGCGCAACAAAGGAAGAAUUUCAGAUAAGGUUUUGUUAUUAAAAUGAUAUUAUUAAAAAAAGCAUCUGUCAUUUAAAUAAAUUGUUUUAAAAGACAAAGAGUCGUAGAAUAGAAA